AUGUCCACCGACGCUAUCAUCGCUGCGAAAGCGGACAACGCCGCAAUGCCACGCAUUGAGGACGGGCUCCGAGUCACCGGGAGCAAGCCAGCGGCCAUGCAAAUCGACGCGGCUGCAACGCCGACGCGUCCAGGCAGGGAAGCCUGGUUAGUCCUCGCCGGAAGCUGGCUUCUGCUCUUCACAAUGUUUGGCUACACAAAUGCAUUCGGUGUCUACCAGGACCUGCUUACGACGGCCAAGACAUCGACUCCAUCCAACAUCAGCUGGAUCGGGCUGCUCGACAAGGGCUACUUCAGACACACCAUGGUCUUUGGCUCCGUCCUCUAUGUGUUCUCGCUCUUCAUGGUCUCCCUCGCCCAUGUCACCAGCUACUACCAAGUGUAUUUGUCCUUGGGCAUUGGCAUGGGCCUUGGCUCAGGACUGUUAUACGUCCCUGCCGUCGCAAUUCAAGCUCACUACUGGAAAGAGCGCCGUGCACUUGCCAUGGGAGUAGUCAUCACCGGUUCUUCUUUCGGCGGGAUCAUCUACCCGAUCCUUUUGAACCAAUUGUUGUUCGAUAGACAAAUCGGGUUUGGACCAAGCGUCCGCGCGACCGCUUACCUCACAUUGGGCCUGCUGGUCGUCGCCAACUGCCUCAUGCUGCUCGGUCUCUCCACAGGCACCGCCAAGGGAAAUACACCACCGCCUCGCCCCUUCUCGAUGAGGGCCGUACUGACGGAUGUAGCGUACAUGGUCUCUGUCGCUGGAUUUUUCAUGGUAUUUUGGGGUCUCUUCUUCCCGUAUUUCUACUUGCAACUAUUCGCGGUCUCGCAUGGAUUGAACGCGACGUUUGGGUUCUACACCCUCGCCAUCCUGAACGCAGGCUCCGUGUUCGGGCGCACGAUGCCCAACAUGCUCGCGGACCACCUCGGCCCCCUCAACAUGCUCACCGCGGUGUCCUUCGGCGCGGGCAUCCUCAUCCUGGCGCUCUUUGGGAUCUCCAGCGUCGCCAGCGUCGCCGUGUUCGCCGUGCUCUAUGGCUUCUUCUCGGGUGCAGUGCUCUCCUUGGUGUCGCCGGCGCUAGCCUCCUUGUCGCCCCACCCGAGUCAGAUCGGCGCCCGGCUUGGCAUCGCGUUCUUCCUCGGGUCCGUCUGCAACCUCACCGGCACGCCCAUCGACGGUGCCCUCCUGACCGCUGGGCCGUACCACUGGUACCGCCCGAUCAUCUUUAGCGCCACCACGAUUCUCGUUGGCGCGUUCGUGAUCGGCGUCGGGAGGACCCUGAAUGCGAGGCGGCGCGGCACGCCCUGGGUGUAG